AUGUCAUCGGACCGUCACCCGGACUAUGUGUCGGCAAGGGCUGACUACCCAGCUACUGCAGACAUCGCCAUUAUUCGACGUGCCGAUGGUCGAACAUUGCGGAAGUCGUGCGACAGGUGCCACCAACAGAAGCUACGAUGCGUAGGAGAUAAGGCUUCGUUGACUCGAUGCAAACGUUGCCAAAGAGCUGGACUCGAGUGCGUCUACGGGGCCAGAUCAAGCAAGAAGACUAGCCAAUGCAGCGUCGAGACUUUUGUCUCCUGGGAAAGCUGGCCCGCAGAUGCCGCGAUCCCGACACUGGACGACCCUGUGGGCGAGCUGGACACGAUGUUUGGUCUUGAGUUGACGCAUUUCGAGGACGUCUUUCCCCUUUCUCCCUCGUCUCGGCCCAGCACUGGCGGGAGGAGUGCCGCAUUUGGCGACCCCAAUUCGUCCGCGUUUGAGCAGAACUCUGAGGCCCUAGUUAGCUCAGCGCCAAACAUGCCAUUACUUCCCUCUGGGGGCUCAUCUAAAGCAUGCGAUGGACUCGUAUCUGAGCUUUCCGAGCCGUCGGCGGAGCUUACCAAGGCUUUCCAGGAAUUGGAGGCGACUUUUCUUGGGACGGCAGAGGAUCACACGAACCGAGGAACUCAAGAUUACCCCGUCGGCGAAGCCUUGAGCGCCCUUAGCAACUUUUUGGCCGUUUUAAAGCUUAGCAACGCGGAGGAAGCAGGCAUCCAUCGCACAUCUCAAAGUUCACACGAUGCCCACUUGCGGAGCAAACGAGCUUCAAUAGAAGCUCAAGGCUAUGUGUUGAGUGUCAAACUUCUAACGUCGCUGUUGGAACGAAUGCUACAGAGUCUUUUAGCGUCGCCAUCGCCAUCGCCAACGGCGUCCGCCAACUCAUCCAGUCCUGACAGCUCUCAAGAUGCAAUCAAUCUGAGAACAAGUCUAGGAGCAUUGGGGAGCAAAUUCGCCGAUGCAAGUCACGUUCCAUACAGUCUUCGACUAGGAGACCUGUUCGUGCCUCCAGACCAUUUUGGCAACGCUUUGAAUUCAAGCCUUGACUUGCUACGCAUUGGCUACAGCCGGCUCAGCGAGAUGGAAGACUUACUCGGGAUACCAUCUACGCAAUCAGGACAGAGUAAAUCGUCCCUGGCGUGCCUGGAGCGCUUGGGCCUCACACAGCCAACGGUGCCGGAUAACGGAGUUUCAAGACCGUCGUUACCAGCUCGUUUCGUAGCAUCAAUAUGGGAGGACGAGACAGGCAUCAACAAAAGGUCCUCUGACAGCAUGGCCAUUCUGACCAUCCUCCGAGAGACGUCGUCGUGCACCUUCCUUGCCAUUGUGUUCCUUGGCUUCCUUAUUUAUAGCGUUGUAAAGUACACCUACCGACUGUGGUUCCACCCUUUGGCACGGUACCCGGGCCCCCUCCUCGCCCGAGCAUCCUCUUACUGGGCGACAUCGCAUGCGCGCCAGCUUCGCAAGGCUCACGCUAUCCAGCAAGCUCAUGAGAGGUACGGCCCCGUGGUUCGCGUGGGCCCAAAUGAACUGUCGUUUGCCUCCCCAACGGCAUUGAAAGAUAUCUACGGACACGGACAGGGACUGCCGAAGGCCGAAUUCUACAAGGCCGGCAAAUUCACGACGGAAGAUAGCGUUUUCAGCAUCCGCGACAGAGCACAGCAUGCGGGGAGGAGGUCACUCAUGGCGAAGACCUACUCUCAGGCACACGUCUGGACCUACGCUCCUCUCUUGCGCGAGAAGAUCUCACAGACGCUGGACCAGCUUCACGAAAGAUCGCAAAGCGGAUCCGAAGCUGUCAAUGUCUACCCCUGGCUUCACUUCCUAGCCCUGGACGUUGUCUUUCACUUCUCCUUAAACCACGAAAGCGGAACACUAAGGACAGGUGAGGCGCACCCCGUCAUUCGGGAGCUGGAGGCUUUUCAAGCAGCGUUUGCCUGGACGGCAUUAUUUCCACCACUUCGGUCCUUUGGACGGUUCCUCCCGUGGGUUUCUGUUAGCGAGCCGUUUACCCUUCUAAAUGAAUGGAUAGAGUUCUGUGUCAACAUCGUGCAGCGAGAGCGCAAUUCGGACAAACGCUCUGCUGUGAUGACGAGCCUGAUCGAGAAACCGGAUGCGUGGCUGAAACGGAAACUGACCGAUGUCGAAGUCGCGGAAGAGCUCCUGGCAAUCAUGAUUGCCGGGAGUGGGACGUCGGCCAACACGAUAGUCUUUCUGAUCUGGGCUGUUGUCCGCCAUCCAGGAGUAUACAAGAAGCUCAAAGCGGAGGUGUAUGAACGGAUCCCGCAUCCACGGGAUGUACCCGACAUUACUGCAGCGAACAAGUUUCCGUACACGAAUGCCGUGAUUAUGGAGGCUCUCAGAAGGUAUCCAACGAUUCCAGGCGGCCAACCCCGUGUUGCCGUUGACAAUGGCCUCGUGGUGGAUGGAAAUCAAAUCCCCAAAGGAACCAUCGUGGGGGUUCAGAACUACUCGAUACACCAAGAUCCCAACGUAUUUCCCGACCCCGACUCCUUCCUCCCAGAGAGAUGGCUUGGAGAAGACACAUCAAGACAAAGAGCGGCAUUCAAUGGCUUUGGCACUGGAUCACGAGCUUGCAUUGGGCGCAACCUUGCUAUGAUGGAACUUCAGCUCGUAGUCCCGUCUUUCUUUCGUCGGUUCGAUGUCACGAUUGCACCAACCACGGCCGAUUCCGACAUGAUAAUGACGGAUGGCUUCAGUGGCGGUCCGAUGAGCACUCUGGCAAUCGGUGGCUUCUGGUGA